GCUGCCCGCUGCUCGGCCCCGCGCUGUUGGUGCCGCAGCUCGUUCCAGGACGCCGUCAGCUCACCUGGAGACCCGCAGCCGAGCAGACCUCCUCCUCCUCUGGAAACUACCAGCAACUAAUAACUCCAACGACGGAAUACGACGUCCCGACCAGCCGCUCUCCUCUCCUCCCUCCGGCCGUGGAGUAUCAGAUCACUGAAGCCACGUCAGCUCAGCCGGUGAGUGAUGUCUUCUCCUGAAACACAACCAGCUUCCCUCCAACUGAGUGCUACAGCCACUGAUUUAACAAAGACGAGAGGGCUCCAUGGCCAUCGCCGCCCCCUGCUCUCUGCCUCUGGAAGGUAGCCUUCAAAGGCUCUGCUCGGUGCGAUGGACGACCAGCUGAGGGAUGGAGAUGGACAGAAUCAAAGGACAUGCUCCCUCCACUGUGACUAGAUGAAGGGACGCUCACCUUCUUCAGGAAGUGUGAACCAGACUGCACCAAUACGAAAACAUAUUAGUUCCUCUGGAGUCAUCUUCUAAGAGCAGGGUCAGAUUUUUGUGUGCUUUACUCUUUCAGCAUCAGUCGUAUGCUGACUGUUCAUCCUUGUGAUGUUGGUUAUGAGUUGUCCAUCUGCCACCAAUGAACCAGAGAGCUGCAGCAGCGAGGGCAGCAGCUGCACCACGUCCUCCAUCACUACCUCGGAUCCGUCCUCUAUGUCUGGACACUCUCACUCCGCCCUGCCUUCCCUCGACCCCGACGCCACCCAGCAUGAAGCCCCACCGCCUCCACCCCUCCCGCCCCCGCCUCCAGGGGCGCCCCCGCCGCCUCCACCCCCAGCCACCGCCAACCACAACGUCAGGAAGAAGCGUCGCGUGCGCAGCUUCUUCUGGAAGCCGAUCCCAGAGGAGAAGGUCCGCGGGAAGCCCAACAUCUGGACAAUGGCGGUGCGACAGCAGCAGUACCAGAUCGAUGUCCGCUCCGUGGAGGAGCUGUUUGGGCAGCAGGAGGAGGCGGCGGCUGGCAUACGUGGAGCGAUGCCAACCACCGGAAGCUCAGCUCGAGUGACCCGAUCACGGUCCUUUAAGGAGAUCAGCAAAGAUGAGAUCAGCAUCCUCGACUCAAAGAGGGGCAUGAAUGUGGGCAUUUUCCUCAAGCAGUUUAAGAAGUCCAACCGCUCCAUUGUUGAAGAUAUACGACGAGGAGAAGGGAAAAUUUACGGAGCAGAGCUGCUCAAAGACCUGCUGAAGCUGCUGCCUGACGUAGAGGAGAUCAAGAAACUGCAGGCGUUCAAAGGCGAUCCAGACAAGCUGACGCUGGUUGAUUCCUUUAUGUACCUGCUGAUCCAGGUGCCACGGUUCGAGGUUCGGAUCGAGGCCAUGGUCCUCCAUGAAGAGUUCUUCCCUUGCUGUGCAGUGAUGGGACACGAGAUCGAUGUCGUCCGAGUCGCCACUAAAGAGCUGAUGGGCUGUGAGGAGCUACAUGCCAUUCUUCAUCUGGUGCUGCAGGCUGGAAACAUCAUGAACGCUGGCGGCUACGCAGGAAACGCUGUUGGAUUCAAGCUGUCGUCCCUCCUCUCUCUGGCUGACACCAAAGCCAACAAGCCAGGAAUGAACCUGCUGCAUUUUGUGGCCAUGGAGGCGAAGAAAAAAGAUGAGAAGCUGCUCAAGUUUCCAGAGAAACUUCAGGAUGUCCAGAGCGCAGCCAGAAUCUCAGUGGAAAACAUUGAGAUGGAGUUUUCCUCCUUGUAUGUCCGAAUCAAAUCCCUGGAGGAGAAGGUUCAAGGAGACCAGGAGCUACUGCAGCAGCUGGAGCCUUUUCUGCAGAGUUCAACACAGACACUGCAGGACCUAAAGAGACGCAGGCUGGAUCUGCGUAAAGAGGGCAAUGCUCUCAUCGAUUUCUUUUGUGAAGAUAAGGACACCUUCAAGCUGGAUGAGUGCUUCCGGAUCUUCCAAGACUUCUGCAUUAAGUUCAAGAAAGCUGUUAAGGACAACAUGGACCGUGAGCUGAAGGAAGCCGCCCGGCAGCGUCGUCUCCGAGAGCUGGAGGAAAAACGUUUUGCGUGGUCGGGUGCUGAUCAGAGCGGCGGGUUUGGUCGCAGCAGCAGCGAGAACGACGUGGAAAUGCUCACCAAGGAGGGUCUCCUGGACUUCUUCCAGCAAAGGUCUCAGAGUCCACACAGCCCACUGGGUCGCUCGGCCAGCGCCCGCCGCCACCGUCACACCAUGACCUCCAUAGCAGAUCGGGAGCUCCAGGGAUAUCUGGAGCUAUUCGGAAGCUCUGGGAAUCCCACCGACUAUUCCAAGUUUAACAGCCUACCUCGGUCAGGCCGAGCUCUCCAGCGGAAGACAGCUCCCUGGAUUUUAGCCCAGAACGACGACAGAGAGCUGGGCUGUGACAGACAAGUGACAUCUCCGCACGCAGAAACUGAACCUAUCAGCCCACUGGCCAGGUUUUCCUCCUCUGGACUCAAUAAUAACGAGGACCCAUACAACAACAACAACAAUAAUUACUCUUCUGUGUCGGAGGGCAGCGCUCUGCCUCGGCCCUUUGGUGUCUUUCAGAAGCCCGCCCAUCUUCCCAACCCAACAAUUACCGGCCACAUGAAUGUCAGUGUGGAGAAGCAUACGUUAGUCCGAGGUCCUCAAGCUUUUGACCUGCCAAGUCCAAACAACAACAGUAAUCACAUGCACUUUGUCAACCAGGGGGAUGUUGUGGUGACGGAUCUGGAACAGGAAAGACAGUCGCCUCCCAAGAUUCUGGAAAACCUUCUACACGAUAAAGUUAAAAUAAAUACUCCUACACAGGCUGGAGUUUCUCCUGAGAAAGAAGAGGAGGACUACAGCACCAUUUCAUCAACAACCUGCGACACUCCCCUCCCGCUAGACACUUCAGUAUCCAAUAAGAAGCCAGUGUUUUACAUACUAGACUGUACAGAAACGGACUGCUCGGUCACAUUGGAUUACUCUGAGGUUGAAAGCUCGUCGGCAAAAGACGGACUGCAUUUGAGAACGACUGAUCAGGAGACGCAACAAGAUCCAAGUUCUCUGUCCUCAAAUUUGGAGUCCAUGUCACCCACCGACCAGUCCGUUUCAACCAGUGAGCUCUCGGCGCUGAAAUCCGUGGACACGGCAUCCGUGACUCCGUCUGCCACCACAGAAGAGUGGGACACGGAGAGCUGUGACACAGCUGAGGGGAAACAGGGUGCAGAGAAAGACGCUCAGAGAAACAGCAGGAAACCAGCGCAGACUAAGAGCAAAGCCAGCAAACCAACAAAGAGCGGUGGCGGUCGAGGUGUGCGAAUGUUGACCAACAGUGAGAGCCAGGGCAUGCGGAAAGUUGUGCCUAUCAGCAAGCUCACCAGGGCGGGCAGCAGCAAGCGAACAGAAAGGCCUUCAGUGGAUGGUGGAGAUCCACGUCGGCCUCUCCGUGACCAGAGCACCCCGGCCAGAGGAAGGAGCGAGAAGACAACCAGACCUCCUCGACACUCCAGUCUGCCUCCCGAUGAGUCAAAGCAGCGGGCAGGAAGCCUCACAGGUAGCAUUUCCAGAUGGGCCCGCGACUCGAUGCCAAGGAAAGCGUCCAUCAACAAGCCGAGCGCCAAACCCCUGAGGAACAUCCCCAAGCCGGCGCCCGAGGAGAAGAUGUGCCGCUCUACCAUGAGAGCUCUCGUCCAAACUCAGACACAGGCUGGACCUUCCUCCGAGAACAGCAGCUCGCACACGCUCAGUGCAAAAAACUCCUCCGACGUCCCUAGCUUUGCCCGUAACACCGUAGCUUCAACUUCCAGGACCAAGAAGGAGCUGGGCCCGCCGUCCGUCCCUUCCACUCCAUCUCGAAGCCCUUCUCUUCUGGGACGACAUGCCUCCGUGAAGCAGACUCGGGUGUCACCCACAGUUCAGACCAGCGAGGAACGGCCGCCUGGGACAAACCUGCGACGGGUGCAAAGUGUGAAGGCGGCAAGUCGUAGCACCUACCGCAGCGAGACCCCACCUCCACCUGCAACACGAGAGGAUAUCCGUAAGACUAGCAGCUUUUCCGAAAAGUCUGUGCAGCCAAGAGACUUGGUGACGUCCAGCAGAAGCACGAAGCCGAGCUGGAAGUGAAACAAAACGUGACGGAAACUGACUGCAGAAGUUUCAUCUGUCUUUCUGCUCUUCUUGCCCAUCUACAGUGCAGUUAUCCUCCCAUUCAUGCAAAAAUACAAGAAUCUGAAAAACACAUUAAGCUAUCUCACCUUGUAAGGUUUAAUCCAGUAGCCGAGUCUGUAUCAGGUUUAUGAAUUGCAAAAGAGCAAGAUGCAAUGAACUCCUCCACAUGCUCUUGUUUUGUUUGUACAAACAAAUCAGCUGUUCACGACUUCCUUUUUUUCUAAGGGGGUGGGGCAUUAACAAAACUGACAAAUGGCAAAUUGGUCUUUUUAGAUGGAAGCUUUUUUGCCUGCUUAGCUGUCUGUGUACUGGAUGUGCAAGUGUCUGUGAUGAUAUCAAUGUCGAACACUACUGACUUUGUUGAUGCUGCUAUUUAGCUCUGACAAUUGGAGACCGAGAUUCAGUGUCUGUUUCAUUCAGGGUUGUACUUUACCUUUGCUGCUGUUACAGUGUCUUUUAGUUUCGCUGCUCCUUCCCGUAGACUAACGGCGCUUUGUUUUUUGCUUUGUGGUUCCUUUGCUUUGAUACCUCACAAAGAUCGCAGUGGCCUUGUACCAGCAGAAAAAGUAGAAUUUUUUGUUUGGUUCUGCAUGACGAAGAUGUAGACGAAAUCUGAUCGGUUUUAAAAUAACUGCACUUUUUUUUUUUUUUUUUUUUUUUUUUUUUAAACAAAUUCCUGGUAUACUAAUGUUGCUGCAAUAUAUAAAGUCACAGAUAUUACACCAGUGUAUACCAACCGUGGUACUCCUCGUACCUUGUUUAUGUAUGUCAGUAGUUUGUAAAUGUGUUAGAACUCCUCCAUAAUAUCUUGGAGUCGACGUGCACGUAGGAAACGUUUCCUAUUUAGGCUAAUACAUGAUAAACGCUAAUGCUGUGAAAGAGAAGCAUUGAAUUCGUCUGAAACAACGUUGAAAAUAUCAUCAAUCAUGUGAUUAUUUUGACAGUCUGAUCUCAUUUUUCUACUGUGAAGGUUGUCAUCUCAUAUUUUCUUGAAGCCUGCGCCUUUAUUGACGUGGUUCAGUUGUUCUAAAUGGUCAUAAUUCUGCCGAGCUCCAGUUUGUUCCUCUCUUGUGUUGCCAUUAGAGUCUCGAGAGCACAGAGCUGGUCAACGAGAUUUCAGAAAAAUGAAUUCCCAGUAGUGAUUGAAGAGUGCAGAGGUCAUUUAAAACUCCUGAAUUCUCAAAAUCACUUUCACUUUUAGACACUUUGGCAAGUUUUGACUAUAUUUCUCAUCUAUGGAGUUGGAAAUGUCAAGUAGCUUCUCAUUUUGCAUGGCACAAAAAUAGGAUAAAAGAACACAUUUUUUCUACCGUUUUUGGUGUUAUUCUCUCUUUUAUCUCUCAGCAGGAUUAGAUAGAAGCUAUCAAGCCAAUUUUAAAUUACGUCUGAUGUCUUUUUCUAAACAUUUUUUCUUUACUUUUGACGGUCAGCGUUACAAGAUGAAGGAAAGAUGUGAAGCAGAAUUCAUAGGAUGAAGGAAAAAGCAAAAGCUAUGCUAACACAAGUGUAAACCGCUGUGACAGUCUGGACAAAAAUACCUGAUGAACCCAAAAAGCUUUAAAUUUAUUUUCAGUGACACUGGUAAUUUCUUGAAAAACAAUAUUCUGUUCCAAAUAAUACAAUAAAUCCAGGCUAUUUACUGUAAAAACUGUUUACUGGGCCAAACAAAGAGGGCAGCCAUUAAUAAAUGUAUGGUGAAAAAACAGAAAAUUCCUAAUAACACAUAUUUUUCCACAUUUGUGUGUUUUUGUUUUUCUUUUGUUGCACAAAAAGAACAUUUGUCAUUUUCCGAGAAACUCCUAAUUUAGUUGAUUUGAAGAGCCUUUAAGGAUUAAAGAAAAACAUUUAAAAUGGCUGUAAGAGGUACGAAGCAACUCUAAUUUUCUAAGACUUGCAGUUUUUUUUCAGAACUAGAGAUUCCUGAGCUCUGUGACUCCGAUGGUAACACAUAAAGAGGCACAGAUUUUGCAACAGUUGCCUUUCAAACUGCAUCGUGCCAUUGCUUUGAUGGCUGCAACACUCACAUCACUGCAUUGCCUUAAAGCUUAAUGUAGCCGAUCCUCCACCAGUGGACUCCUGGACUCUUACAGGAAACUUUUCCUACAUUCCAUCACAUCAAGCAGAAAUGGUGACUCCGCUGGUUAGUGAUUCACUUUGUACAUAAUGUAAAGACAUAGUAUUUUCUGACUAUUGAUAUGUUUACAUAGCAUUCAAGAAAAGAAUGAAGGGUGACAGAGUAACAUAUCUGUGUGCACAGAUGUUUUAAAAGCGGCCGUUUCGUCAUCGGGCAGCUGGGAGGCGUUGACAUGCUGCCAGUGUCUUCCUGUUCUCUGUAAUGCAAAUGAGGCUGAUGAACCGAUGAAACAAAAGGCUCAGUGUUGCUGUGUGUGGCCUAAAUUUAGUUCCUCUAUCACCGAGUAAAUUAGAGCUGAAAUAAGUAAAAGUUUUGCUUAAUUUUGACAGUUUGCUUUAUUACAGAAAUCAUCCAAGAAAAACACAAACUGAGCUCACUUUCGAAGAAAACUUGUGUUCAUUUAGAAUCCAUGUUUUCAGGCCUUUUAUGUGUCAGAAAACAGCAGAUAGAAUGUCCAUCCUGAAGCGUCUCAAAAGAAAACUAUCCCUGAUAUCAAUUUUUAAAAAUAAUCUUUAUCAAUUAUAUUACAUUUCAGCACUAAAAAGUAAUUAAUCUACUUUUGUGUUGAAAGCUCUGGAAGAAGCUAGUAAGCAGACUUUGAUUUUACCCUUUGAUGCGCAGUGUGUGUCAGGAGAUGCCCAUUUUCCACUGAAUCUGGGUCACUUUUGACCCAUGUUGUGCAUCAAAGGGUUAAGAUCCAUGCAAAAUCUUUUAAAGUGUGUCUACAGUUAAAUUGUAAUCACAAAGAUUGUUGAAAUGAAUUCACUCUUUGAAAACAUAUCAGCCUUGUAAACAAAAAAAUGGCAACUUCAGACCUGAAAAUAGCCAAAUUUAUCACCCCAACAUUGUUUUAAAAAAAAUGUUGUUGUUUGCAUUGACUUUGACUCAAACUGUCCCAGAUAUCUAAAUUAUUCUUUGUUUUAUCAAUUAAUUUACAUUUCAGACUACUUUUGAAUAAAUCUGCAAUUCAUCCAACUAUAUUUUCAUUCUUGAAUACAGCAGUUCAACAGGGUUGAAAGCUCUGGAAGAAGAUAAUAAGCAGACUUUGAUUUAAGAUCCAUGCAAGAUCUUUUAAAUUAUGUCUACAGUUCAAUUAUAUUCACAAAGGUUGUUGAAAAAAAAAAAAACCAUAUCAACCUUAUAGACACAAAAAUGACAACUUCAGAUGGAAAAAAAAAUUAAAUAACCAAAUUUAUGUUUAAAAAAAGUCUCCCUGUGAGGUUUAUUUGUUUACAUUGACUUUAACUCAAGCUGUGUUUAUAAAAUGACUCGUUAAAAAGGAAAAGACUGAUAAUUUUGAGACUUCAUCAGCCGCUGAGAUGCUUUUUCUCCCUCUGUGGCCUCAGUUUGUACAAUAAGUUCCUCCUUUGUGUAUCCCACAAUGCCCCCUGCUGCCUCCCCUUUAACAGCCCUGGACACCACAAAGGCUGCCCUUUACAUUACACGUCGGCGGCUUACAGCGGUGGAGCUGCUGUGGAAUUUGAACACUCGCUCGCCCUUUUCACCAUAACUUCCUCAUUAGGAGCUGGUUGCCGUGGCAACAGUCCAAACACCAUUUUGAACUAACGGCCUGUAAACCCGAAGGGGCAAACCCGUCUGCAAACUUUGGUCAUGUUACAACUCCCAAUUCACAGUUUGUGACUUUACAUUAUUUAAAUUGAAUCUUUUUCUGCUUUUUUAUGUUUAAUUACAUACAAAUGCUGAUUCUGUGCUAAAGAAAGUGAGUCUUCAUCUCCCCAGUGGUGUCUUUUGUACUCUGGAAAGGAAAGAUUGGGCUCAAUUUGAUGUUUUUUACUCUAAUGUGAUGGGAACAACGACGUGUCUGCUCUGUUUUAAAAGUAAAUAGGUGCUCUAACUGUUGGUCAUUUCAAAUCUGUACAAUGAGAACAAAUAAACUGAUCAGUACAUUCAGCAAAUGAUCACAUCCAAUCGCUCUGACACAGUUUCUUUUUCUGAUGAUGACGUCGAAGAAAUAAAUAAAAUCACAUGUUGCUGUGUAAACUGGAA